CCUUCGCUCGGCGCCAUGAGCGGCGGCGGGCCUUCGGCGGGCGGCCCUGGCGGCUCGGGACGGGCGCGGACGAGCUCGUUCGCGGAGCCAGGCGGCGGCGGCGGCGGUGGCGGCAGCGGCGGCGGCGGCGGCCCCGGGGGUUCGGCGUCCGGCCCGGUGGGCAGCAGCAGCGGCGGGAAGGCGUCGGUCGGAGCCAUGGGGGGGGGAGUGGUGAGCUCGGUCGCCGGGGGUGGCCCCAGCAGCGGCGGCGGAGGAGGCAGCGGCGGCCCCGGCGCGGGGACCAGCUUCCCGCCGCCCGGAGUCAAGCUGGGCCGUGACAGCGGGAAGGUGACUACAGUAGUGGCCACUGUAGGACAAGGCCCAGAGCGCUCCCAGGAGGUGGCUUAUACAGAUAUCAAAGUCAUUGGCAAUGGCUCUUUUGGGGUGGUGUACCAGGCCCGACUGGCAGAAACCAGGGAGCUGGUGGCUAUCAAGAAGGUCCUGCAGGACAAGAGGUUCAAGAACCGGGAGCUGCAGAUCAUGCGCAAGCUGGACCACUGCAACAUCGUCAGGCUGAGAUACUUUUUCUACUCCAGUGGGGAGAAGAAAGACGAGCUUUACCUGAACCUGGUGCUGGAGUACGUGCCUGAGACCGUGUACCGUGUGGCUCGACACUUCACCAAGGCCAAGCUGACCAUCCCCAUCAUCUACGUCAAGGUGUACAUGUACCAGCUGUUCCGGAGCUUGGCCUACAUCCACUCCCAGGGCGUGUGCCACCGCGACAUCAAGCCCCAGAACCUGCUGGUGGACCCCGACACAGCUGUCCUCAAGCUCUGUGAUUUUGGCAGUGCAAAGCAGUUGGUUCGGGGGGAGCCCAAUGUCUCGUACAUCUGUUCCCGCUACUACCGGGCCCCGGAGCUGAUCUUUGGAGCCACUGAUUACACCUCCUCCAUCGAUGUGUGGUCAGCGGGCUGCGUCCUGGCUGAGCUGCUCCUGGGCCAGCCCAUCUUCCCCGGGGAUAGCGGGGUGGACCAGUUGGUGGAGAUCAUCAAGGUGCUGGGAACGCCAACCCGGGAACAGAUUCGAGAGAUGAACCCAAACUACACGGAGUUCAAGUUCCCUCAGAUUAAAGCUCAUCCCUGGUCAAAGGUGUUCAAGUCCCGAACGCCCCCUGAGGCCAUCGCGCUCUGCUCCAGCCUGUUGGAGUACACGCCAUCCUCAAGGCUCUCCCCGCUGGAGGCCUGUGCCCACAGCUUCUUUGAUGAGCUGCGAAGUCCUGGAACCCAGCUCCCCAACAACCGCCCGCUCCCCCCACUCUUCAAUUUCAGCCCUGGAGAACUCACCAUCCAGCCAUCUCUCAAUGCCAUUCUCGUCCCUCCUCACUUGAGGACCCAGGGGAGUGCUACCACCCUCGGCUCAUCUUCACAAGCUUUAACUGAGACUCAGACCAGCCCGGACUGGCAGCCGCCUGAUUCCACAGCGCCCCUCAAUAACUCUUCCUGAGAGCCCUACCAACUUCCCUUCCAUCCGGGAGCCCCAAGUGGGGCUGGGAAGGGGGGGGCCAGAGCCCAUCAAGCCCCUGCCCUUGGCUGGGCCCCUAGACUAGAGGGCAGAGGUAAAUGAGUCCCUGUCCCCACAUCCAGCCCCUUCCUCCCCAGCCUCACCCCUGGGUGGGCUUUUAAAGAGGAUUUUAACUGGUUAAGGGGAGGGAAGUGAAGGAAGACUGGGUGGGGGGACAUGAGGACCUUCUCUCCCCCCCCCCCCGCCCCGCCCCUCUCCUCCCCCAGGUCUCCCUCCCCCUGCCCUUCCCUGUCCCUUGUAAAUAGAACCAGCCCAGCCCCUCUAGCCUUCCCUUCCCUGGCCCCGGGUGUAAAUAGAUUGUUAUAAUUUUUUUCUUAAAGAAAACGUCGAUUCGCACCUCCAGCCUUUCCCCCGUCCUACAGCUGUGCCCUCUUCUCCUGUCCUCUGCCCUUAGGGUCUCCUCUCUUCUCUCCCCAUCUGGGAGGGCCGGGGACGCAGGGGAACUCCCAAUGUCUUAGUUUCCACAGUAAGGUUUGCCUGUGUACAGACCUCCGUUCAAUAAAUUAUUGGCAUGAAAACCUGC